GAACACGCGCUCAGCUCGCGCACCCACCGAGAGGCUCGAGACGUCAGUUGAACAUGGCGUUGAUGUGGACAGCUGUCACCAGUCUGCGGAGGAAAACAAACACUGUUACGGUCCAAACAGCUCUCUGAGACGCACCAACGGGAAUACCUGUGAUCCCCGAAGCUCAGCUGAACGCGUUUCACCGAAUUUCAUCGCUGUCUCUCACUUCUGGGACUCGACAUAUGCACUCGUUGGAAAGAAAAGGGGCGGCAGGGCAGCGUUGACAGCUGACAUUACGUUAAUCUGGGUUUUUUGACCACAAAAUGUGGGCCAACAGCUUUUGCUAAGAGGACGUUAUCUCUGUGUGGGGAGCUAACUAAAGCUAGCCAUCGGCUGUGUCAAACGCUCAGAGGUAUGAUGUUAACAACAUGAUUCCCUGAGCUCGUUAUUUGCUCGUCAGUCAGCUGAUACUGCCAGUUAAAACCUCGUAUGCAUACAGUUCGUACCAUUUUUAUACUCGGUUUGCAAACGUUAUCGCCAUCCAAAUAGUCCAAAGGAAAUGUCAGAUAAUCAGAGCUGGAACUCCUCAGGAUCCGAGGAAGAUUUAGAGCCCAGAGGAGAGGAGUCAGGGCAUCCUGUCGGUAUCGGCGAGUUCAGCGGGGUCCUCAGUAAGUGGACAAACUACAUCCAUGGCUGGCAGGACCGUUGGGUUGUGUUGAAAAACAACACACUGAGUUACUACAAGUCUCAGGAUGAGACAGAGUAUGGCUGUCGGGGUUCCCUCUGCCUUACCAAAGCUGUUAUCACUCUUCAUGAGUUUGAUGAGUGUCGGCUUGACAUCAGUGUAAAUGACAGUGUGUGGUACCUGAGAGCACAAGACCCAGAUCACAGACAUCAGUGGAUCGAUUCUAUUGAGCUGCACAGGAGUAUCAGAGAGGGGAGGAGAGAGAGGGGAGGAGUCCAGGGAACAAUACUCAUCCCUCCAAACCUGGCUGAUUCUGGUUAUGGCUCUGAGUCCAGUCUGCGGAGACAUGGCUCCAUGCUGUCUCUCACAUCAGCCACCAGUGGCUACUCUGCCACCUCCACGUCCUCUUUCAAGAAGGGUUACAGCCUGAGAGAGAAACUGGCAGAGAUGGAGACUUUCAGAGAUAUUUUAUGCAGACAGGUGGAUACACUUCAGAAAUACUUUGACAGCUGUGCAGAUGCUGUAUCCAAGGAUGAGCUGCAGAGGGACAAAAUUGUAGAGGAUGAUGAGGAUGACUUCCCCAAUACUAGAACAGAUGGAGAAUAUUUGCACCACAACAACAACAACAAUGGCAGCAAAGAAAAGUUGUUCCAGGCCUUGAGCCCUAAGGGAAUCAAUGGCAUAGACUUUAAGGGCGAGGCCAUCACAUUCAAGGCUACCACAGCUGGGAUCCUGGCUACUCUGUCCCACUGUAUUGACCUCAUGGUGAAGAGAGAAGACAACUGGCAAAAGAGACUAGACAAGGAGAUGGAGAAGAGGCGAAGAAUAGAAGAGGGCUAUAAAUCAGCCCUCAAUGAACUCAAGAAAAAGUCUCACUUCGGAGGACCAGACUAUGAGGAGGGCCCAAACAGCCUCAUCAAUGAAGAUGAAUUUUUUGAUGCAGUUGAAGCUGCUCUUGACAGACAAGACAAAAUAGAGGAACAGUCACAAACAGAGAAGACGAGGAUACAGAGAUCGAGUCCCGUUCCCUCUGGAGAUGCCUACUCCAGCACCGGCUCACACAGAUUCUCUGACAAGACUCAUAAUCAGUCUGCCCCUGCUCUGAUAAUCAGGGCCUCUCCCCACGAUGUCCACAGAUUCAGCACAGAGGUGGAGGAGAUGGUGCAGAGUCACAUGACCUACUCCCUGCAGGAUGUUGGUGGAGAUGCCAACUGGCAGCUGGUGGUAGAAGAGGGAGAAAUGAAGGUGUAUAGGAGGGAAGUGGAAGAAAACGGGAUUGUCCUGGAUCCACUUAAGGCCACUCAUUCAGUUAAGGGGGUCACUGGUCACGAGGUCUGCCACUACUUCUGGGACACUGCCUACCGCAACGACUGGGAGACCACCAUUGAAAACUUCAAUGUUGUGGAGACAUUGUCAGACAACGCAGCCAUUAUCUAUCAAACACAUAAGCGGGUGUGGCCAGCCUCACAGAGAGAUGUGCUGUAUCUCUCUGCCAUGAGGAAGAUCAUGGCAAACAAUGAGAAUGACCCAGAUACUUGGCUGGUCUGCAAUUUCUCAGUGGAUCAUGACGAUGCACAACCAACCAACCGGUGUGUCCGUGCCAAAAUCAACAUUGCCAUGAUCUGUCAGACCCUGGUUAGUCCACCAGAGGGCGACAAAGAGAUCAGCAGAGAUAACAUCCUGUGUAAAAUCACCUAUGUUGCCAAUGUGAACCCGGGAGGCUGGGCUCCUGCCUCUGUGCUCAGGGCUGUAGCUAAGAGGGAAUACCCCAAGUUCCUCAAGCGCUUCACCUCGUACGUCCAGGAAAAAACGGCUGGCAAGCCUAUCUUAUUCUGAGGCACAGAGGAAGCACAAGUCAGUGUUAAAUGGACUUGAGUCUUUAUCGAGUUCAUAAUUUCCAAAAAUAUACAAUAUAAAUCCCUUGCAUCUGCGCUUCACUUACGUAAAGAUGAAAUCCCUGUACAGCCUUUUCUACAGAUGUCCUGCUGUCAUGACCAGCUGAGUGUCUCAAAAAAGAGAGCAUCUGCCCCACAAUUCUUAGUUAGCUCAGGGGAAUGGGUGAUAAUGGCGCCAUCUAGUGGCUGCAUACAUUAUCUGUGAAAGAAGAAAAAUAUCACAUGAAAAUUUGAUACUGAAAUCACUGAUAUCACAAUUUUAAAAAAAGUCAUGUUUAAUUUUAUUGCACUCUAGACAAAAUACUAAAUAGCUCUUAUUUUAAAGCAAACAUGGGGAUUAUCCUUCCCAAAUAGGUUCUUGCAGCAACUGCUAGUGCCAUCUUCUAGGCUAAAUUAAAAGAAUGACUUGUUUCCAACAGAUCUAUUAAUAUAUAAAUGUAUGUAUGUUAAAUAAGACAUUUGUAAAAAAAUAAAUAAAUAAAUAAAUAAAUAAACAGUCUUUGCUCAUUGACCUAGGUAUUUUAUCCUCACUGUUUGUACUGUAGUUACUAUUUUUUGUCCAUUUUUCAUUUCGUCACAAGCAUUUUCCAUCUUUCCGUUAAGCUGCUAUUGUUUGCUUGUAACACAUCUGUUUAGGGCGAGUGUCAUAUUUUU